AUGAUCAGGACCAAGCCCUCUGAGAUCGCCUUGACUGCAGCAGAUAUAGAGCAGGCUCUCAGUCGUGCAAGCAAAAGGCGUGCUGUUGAUACGAAUAAGGUCGAUAAAGUGCCGCCUCGUCGACCAGCACAGACCAGUGGUCCAAAAUCCAGACAAGGACCGCAGCGCUCCCGAAACGACGCCAUCACAACAGCAAAUCUUUCCGAGUUGCGAUGGCAGUACGCUACCCCUUCGUCUGCAGAGUUCUCUGAUGACUCUAGCGCGUUGACAGCACGCCUGGCACAAGUCGACUUAAGUACUUGCUCACCGAUACAUCAUGCUUCGUCUCCUACUCUACUUUCAUCGAGUGCCGGAACCAAGAGAGGAAUCCCAGCUAUCAAAAAGAUCUGUGAUCUCACCGAGGCGGUCGAGUCGGGCUUUUCCGGGCGUGGUGUUGGUGCAUCACAAGAGACUGGGAUCGGACCAAAAGAAUAUAACGGUACUUGUGACAACCACACGCCUGACUCUGAUUAUGACGACCAAAAUGGCCUUGCGGCUGCGCAGUCUACUUCGUGUGCCAAAUGGAAACGCUCUAGUCUGUCUAAUGCUUCGGUGUCAUUGCACGAUUUUCCGGAAUUGCCCUUCAUUCGCUCCUCUCUGCCUCGUCCCGGAGCACUCACUUGUGAAGACGAAAAGCUCUCGACCAACAUUGUGACAACUGCGAGCUACUCGGAUGAAACUUACCCUGUACAAAUCUUGGGGCCCAUACCCGUGCCAGAGUCUGCUAUGGAGGCUGCAAUAUACAACAUGUUGUCGCCACUGGACAUGGUAGAGCAAAGAGCGAGCUUAGCAAUGUCUAGAGCACCAUCUUUAUUGGAGUCUACUUUCGGAUCAUCACCAUUCAACAGUCUACCUCGACGUCGCCCACCUCGCUCUGGACUUGCCCGUGCACACGUAGGAAGAAGCGCAUCCGCGACAGAGUUUUCUGGAACAGCGUGUCAUGUUACUUACAGUCCACCAAGUGAUGCCGCUGCAUCUCAAUUUGGCAGCAGUCCUCACCCGCUGCUCGGACAGUCCUCUCCGACAUUGGCCAUAGCCAACAUGUCGCUCACUGAGAACCCACGAAUGGCUUCGACUUCCCGAGAGUAUAGUCCUGUAGGAGCCCAGAUGAAUGACGUCAACUCGAUCACAGGUUUCAUUCAUGAUUUUCACGAGCAGGAUAGGCAUCUCAUUAACGGCCAGAACACCCGAUAUGAGUGUCCUAGUCGCAAAGGGCCAGCUGCUAUAAGGCUGGGCGCAAAUGAGCCCAGACGACCUCACGGACGCCAAAGGUGUGGCUCUCUGCAGAGCGAGUCACACUUCAAUUCAGGCCAGGCUGGCCGCGCUUAUAAGUCUUCUCCACCGAGUCGCUCCUUCAAUAGCUCGUCACCUCCGGUAGAUAUUCCGAAUUUCCGCUGGACUCCACCCCGCGAGCGAACACGCCGCUACCAUCGUCGCCCUGCGCCAGCCAUAAGACCUCAAGGACCACAUACACGUCCUGAGACGGUCGGGACUCAAAGAUCCCGGGUACUUUCGAGAUGGCAGGAAGAACAGGAAAACUCCUUCGAGGCAGACGAACGAGCCAUGAUAUCUGAGCUUAGGGCCCGUGAGCAGCGACAAAGAGCUGAAGGACAAAUGGACGAAACCCCACCAUCUCUGGGUAGAUUCAUGAGACAUGCGCAGUAG